CUCCGCGCCCGGCGCUGGAUUUAUGAAUGGGGGGGAAGAGGCCACAUGCCACCUCCGCCUCGCGUCCACCGAACGCAGCCUGAGCCCUCGGCGCACCCGCAGCCGUGAGAACGCCGGCCUGGUACCGACAGCCGCUCGGAGGACUUGUUGCUGCCGCGCCGCCGCUGCCGCGGGGAAACCGGCCGCUCCCGGGUCGGCGCGGUCGGGAAGCCCGAGCGUGGCCCGCGUGAGUGUGAGCGCGCGCCCGCCCUUCGCCGCGCUGCCCCAGGACAGUGCGCUCCUCCGCUUGCUCCUGCGGCUUCCUGGGGGCUGGGGGGGCGUGGCCCCAUCCCGCAGCACUCCCGAGUCGGGUCCCUGGGGGAGAGCGCGGGUGUGCUGGCCCCAACCUGCCCGCGUCCGUGGCUUGGGACCCUGGCCCCUCGCUCUCCCUCCGGUCCUGCUCCCCACCGCUGCCUACCCAAACCCAACCACCUGUGCACCCGAGAAGCCCAACUCCUCCCGCCUCGAGCUCCCGGGAGGGAGGGGGGCAGGGGCAGGGCCGCGCCGCAGAGGGGGCAGCCGCCACCUCCUGCCUCCUCCUCGUCUCCUCCCCCUCCCCUGUCUGACGCUGCCUUCUCGGGAAGGGUGUUUGGAGGGCAGCGGCCGCCCCAAGCCGGAGCCCUGCAGCGCUUCUUAUGAUCAGCUCGGUGUGUGUCUCCUCCUACCGCGGGCGCAAGUCGGGGAACAAGCCUCCGUCCAAAACAUGUCUGAAGGAGGAGAUGGCCAAGGGCGAGGCGUCGGAGAAGAUCAUUAUCAACGUGGGCGGCACGCGACAUGAGACCUACCGCAGCACCCUGCGCACCCUCCCCGGCACCCGCCUCGCCUGGCUGGCCGAUCCCGACGGCGGGGGCCGGCCCGAGCCUGAUGGCGGAGGCGCGGGCAGCAGCGGCAGUAGCGGCGGCGGGGGCUGCGAGUUCUUCUUCGAUCGGCACCCCGGCGUCUUCGCCUACGUGCUCAACUACUAUCGCACCGGCAAGCUGCACUGCCCGGCGGACGUGUGCGGGCCGCUCUUCGAGGAGGAGCUGGCCUUCUGGGGCAUCGACGAGACCGACGUGGAGCCUUGCUGCUGGAUGACCUACCGGCAGCACCGCGACGCCGAAGAGGCCCUCGACAUCUUUGAGAGCCCUGACGGGGGCAGUGGCGGCGCGGGGCCCAGCGACGAGGCUGGCGACGAUGAGCGGGAGCUGGCCCUGCAGCGCCUAGGUCCCCAUGAGGGAGGCGCUGGCCCAGGCUCUGGCUCUGGAGGCUGCCGCGGCUGGCAACCCCGCAUGUGGGCGCUCUUCGAGGACCCCUACUCCUCCCGGGCUGCCAGGGUGGUGGCCUUUGCCUCUCUCUUCUUCAUCCUGGUUUCCAUUACCACCUUCUGCCUGGAGACCCACGAGGCCUUCAACAUUGACCGAAAUGUGACCGAGAUCCACCGUGUGGGGAAUAUCACCAGCGUGCGCUUCCGGCGGGAGGUGGAGACCGAGCCCAUCCUGACCUACAUUGAGGGUGUGUGUGUGCUGUGGUUCACCCUGGAGUUCCUGGUGCGCAUUGUGUGCUGCCCAGACACUCUGGACUUCGUCAAGAAUCUGCUCAACAUCAUUGACUUUGUGGCCAUCCUGCCCUUCUACCUGGAGGUUGGCUUGAGCGGCCUGUCAUCCAAGGCUGCCCGUGAUGUGCUCGGCUUCCUGCGAGUGGUGCGCUUCGUGCGUAUCCUGCGGAUCUUCAAGCUCACGCGUCACUUUGUGGGACUCCGGGUCCUGGGUCACACCCUGCGUGCCAGCACCAACGAGUUCCUGCUGCUCAUCAUCUUCCUGGCCCUGGGUGUGCUCAUCUUUGCCACCAUGAUCUACUAUGCCGAGCGCAUCGGUGCCAGGCCCUCCGACCCUCGGGGCAAUGACCACACCGACUUCAAGAAUAUCCCCAUUGGCUUUUGGUGGGCCGUGGUCACCAUGACAACUCUUGGGUAUGGGGACAUGUACCCCAAGACGUGGUCAGGCAUGCUGGUGGGGGCGCUGUGUGCCCUGGCCGGUGUGCUCACCAUCGCCAUGCCUGUGCCAGUCAUUGUCAACAAUUUUGGCAUGUACUACUCCCUGGCCAUGGCCAAGCAGAAGCUGCCCAAGAAACGAAAGAAGCACGUGCCUCGGCCAGCCCAGCUGGAGUCGCCCCUUUACUGCAAGUCUGAGGAGACCUCUCCCCGUGACAGCACCUACAGUGAUGCUAGCCCCCCUGCCCGGGAAGAGGGUGUGGUGGAGAGAAAACGGGCAGACUCUAAGCAGAACGGCGACGCCAAUGUGGUGCUGUCUGAUGAGGAGGGAGCUGGGCUCACCCAGCCCCUGGCCUCUGCCCCCACCCCCGAGGAGCGCCGGGCCUUGCGACGCUCUGGCACAAGAGACAGAAACAAGAAGGCGGCUGCCUGUUUCCUGCUCAGUGCUGGGGACUAUGCCUGUGCUGAUGGCAGUGUCCGGAAAGGCUGUGCAAAGUCCCGGAGUCUAAACAACAUAGCCGGAGCGGCUGGAACCAGUCUGGGGCUGUCUCCACUGGCGUCGCGGUACAGCUCGCCCUAUCCUCCAAGAAAGCUCCUGCUGUCCCACCCCUUUCACCCCCUCACCAGCCCCCCGCCCGGCCCCUCAGCUCCCUAGCUGCACCCCUGACUUUCCUUGGGGCACAGGAAUGCACCCAAGGAGGACAUCAGCCACCACCCAGCCCUCGUCCCUCCUGGGGCUGAGAGGACAAAGGCGGGAAGCUGGAGGAGGAUUCCGGGCCCUGGGCUAGGUGCUCCUCGAGACUUUCAGCUCUGGAACCUGAGUGCAGAGAGGAGGGCUUACUUCCGGGGCCCUGAGCCCUCCACUGCCCCUCGCUGUCUCCUGAGCCAUAGGUGCUGGCAUGCUCACACCCUGCCUGCCCUCGGGUCCUGUGGGCCACGACUGGUUCACCCUGGGCCUGGGACCAGCCGCCUUGCCAGGGAGCCUUGGUUCCAGGAGCAUGUCUGCAUUUCCAUUCCUAGCGGCCUUCAGCCGAUAACCAAACAGCCUAUCUGUCUGUCUGUCUCUCCCUUGCACAUGAGACCAGUGAGGAAUAAGGUUGUCAUGUGGGAAAUCUCUGCUGGCAUAAGGGGCUUUUGAUUCCUCAAAAGAGCAGUGCCCACAGCCAGUGCCGCCUGGGAGAAGGGCCCCGGUGUUUUCCACCUCUAGUCCGGGGUGCAGGUGGGAGUGCCUAGACUUGCCACCUCCAGCUCGGUGGGGCCAUAGGUGGCUGCUGCCAAGGUGCAGGAGACCCUUCUCUCUGAGUGGGUGGCACCCAGCGGUGGAGCCCAGCCUCCCAUCUGCAGCCCGCACUGCAGCAUCUCUCUCCCCUGCUUCCUCUGCUUCCGAGAUAGCGAGCCUCUCUCUCAAGCUCCCUCAGACUUCCAGCCCGGCCUCUGAGUCACCUGCCACUCCCACCCAGCUUCUGCAUCCCGUAUUCCUGCCAGAACCGGAGACUCAUCUAAUUUCUAUAAUUAAGUGUAUUCAUUUACCUAACAAGCCCGGGAGCACAACAGGUCUGAGUCACUGGCUGAGCAGGGGUGCACCUUGCGCAGGGACAGUGGAGGGGAAGUGAGGAGACAGAAGCACCUGCCCGCACCUACUGGCACUGCUCUCAGCGAGGCCCACAUCUGCCUGUAUCUGCCCCCUAAGGCUCCCUGAGCAGGUCCUUCUCCACCAGACCCAGGAGCCAGGGCUCAGCCGAGACAUUUCCUGUUUCACCUGACGGGAAUUAGACCUGACAGCAGAGCCCUACGCCUGGCAAUUUUUAGAGUCAGAUUAUGCAACUUUGUAGCGGGAGUGACUAAGGAGGAGGGUCCCUAUCUACUCUCUCCAGGGCAGGAGAGAUAGGCAUGACAGGACAGCUUUUAGAGACCUGGCAGGAGACUACAUAAUUGGGGGCCACCCCAGAAGGUGGCCUGGACAAAAAGAGCCAUGCCAGUGCCUGCAUCAGCUCAGCAGUCACAGGAUGUCCUUGCCAGAACGGCCUGCUCACUGCUAUCACACUGCAUACCCCAGCCCAGCUGUGGUGUGUGAGGCCUGCUGUCACUUCCUCUUAGAAUGAAGUGACCAGGCUGCCCUCCAGAGGGGACAGGCCCCGUUACGUGGUGGGUGGGACAGCCUGUGGGGAGGGUCAGGACACCAACACCCUCUGCCCUUGAAGUAGAGCCCGAGAGCCCAGCUUCCCCACCACAUGUCCAGCCCCACUCCACAGGGCUCCCAGCAUAGGACAUCCUGGGUGGGGCCUAACAGGGGACACAACAAACUAGGUGUGGACAGCUACAUCCUCCACUCACUCGCCACUGUGGUCCAGGGAGCCGAAGCGGAUGUUUCUGUGGCAGCCCUCAGCUUGUCAGGAGCCCAGGUUUCCACGGCACCCACCGCCUCCUCCCCUCUUCCCUCCUACAAGGAUGGGAGUGCUCAUGGCACCCCUGUGGGGGACACAGAUGUCCCUGGGCGAUGUGAUGCAGAAGUACCAGGCUGGAGCCCCUCAUGCCUGGGGGAGGGGGCUCCCAUGAUCCUGCCCAACUCUUGUCUUCAUAGAGGAGGGACAAGGCUCAGCGGGUGGGAGCACUGUGUGUGGGCCUGCCCCUAGCUACCCUUCAAGACCUCUGGGCCUUCCCAGGACCCUGGAAAGGGGUGAGCCCCAGCACUCCAGAGCCUGCAUGUACUCCAGGCCUAUCUGUGCCACUGCCCCAUCCCACCCCCAGGACUUGGGUAUCCCUUCUGGAGAGGCUUUCUCCCACCCACACUCUGGGAGUGUAAUUUGCUUUGCCUUGGAUUGGGCUUGAACUUGCACCUGGUAUUUCAGUUUUUAGAAACCUUUCUCUGCAGCUGGGCCUCACCUUCUUCCCAUAAAGCAGGGAACAACCUGUACAGGAGCUCUUAGCUUCACCUUCCAGUCUGUACCAGGACUAGCCAGAGAGUGAUUCUCAGUCUCCCAGCUUCCAGGAGAGGUGGUUAUGAGGUGCCCCCAGAGGAAAAGUGACGAUAACUCUGUGGCAGACAGGACCUAGAGGGCAGGUGGAGGGCCUAGUCCUAGGCUCUAGGAGGCACCUGUGGACCUCUCAGUCACCUGGGUGGUGAUUGAGACUGGCUGUGGUGGUGUUUGCCUAUAAUCCCAGCACUUGGGAGGCUGUAAACAAGAGACUCACUCCUUCACAGAGUGCGUGGGAGAGCAGGACCUCCUCUACUCUGGCCAGUGUCACCCUCUAAUAUACCUUUCCCAUUCCUGUUGGGUCAAAUAAAGUAGGUUUUAAAAUAAGAUUCUCUUAAGAGCCCCCAGGAAGUAGAGACCUCGGAAGCCAAUGAAAAAGCCACCUAAAUCCAGGCAUGGUGGCACAAAUCUGUAAUCUUAGCUACUUUGGAGGCUGAGGCAGGAGAAUUACAAGUUCA